UUCGGUUGGUUCUUUGUCUUUCUCACCGAGGUGGCCUGGUGCACUGCUCGGUCGGGUCUUCUUGUGUCGGUGCUUGCUACUGGCCGUUCCCAUGGUAACUAUAAUUCACUCAACUCCACAGUGACUAGCAAUAGAAGAUUGAUACUACACAGCUACCUUAAGGAAGACAGCAUCAUGGUUCACUCUAGUGAUGUUUAUUUCAUCUAUAAUAAUGAGGAUGAAGAUUUCAAAGCCUAUCUUGCAAAAAGGUUGGAAUCUGACAAACUGUCAGUAUGGAGUGGGUUAACAUCUGGAGAAGGAUUGAUUGAUGCAAAGGUGGUUGUUAUCAUCAUGAGUUCUUCUUCCACUCUAGAUAAACACUGUAAUGAUGAGGUAUCAUUGGCUUACAUCACUGAUACACCUAUCUUCCCUGUUACUAGGGAGACUUUUGCAGAGUUGGAGCCAAACCUUUCAUUCUCCCUGAGGCUGAUGGUUGCCAAGCUGAAUUGGAUGUUCUUUGACAGCGAUGAGCAAAAGGAAGCUAAUUAUCCAGUGUUGCUAUCUUCCAUCCGCUCAGCUGUUGCUAUGGUAAAUGAAGAAACUGGAGAGGAACAGGAGACUCAGGAAGAAGAUGAAGAAACUCCACAGGCAUGGAAAGAUAGACCCAACACAGCUGUGGUCAUCCGGGAGGGCAAGGAUUUUUGGGAAGAUAAAUUUGGUGAUACCUCUGAAGUCCCAUGGAUAGAGUUCCGAGACAAAUUCCUUGAAGUGUACAAGGAUCAGAUGGUGGAGCAAUUCACGGAAGACAAAGUCCAGUGGUUGACCAAUCUUCUGUACGGAGAUGUCCUUUUGCUACGCAAGGUUGUGACGAAGCACACGUAUGAGACAUUCUGCAGGCACAAGCCAAAUAAACCACGAGAUCCUGAUCGUUUCUAUAAUCGGCUGAUCAGCUAUGCCAAGGGCUGUAUAGCAAUGAGGGGUGUGUUUAACAUGGAGAGCACUGUACGUCUGGAUGCUAUUCAGAAGUUAGGUCAGUUUAAAACUCAAGCCGUUGUUUCAUCAUUGUUGGACUUGUCUGAUGAGAAGGAUGCAAAUGUACGAGCCGUUGCUGCUAUUUCUCUCGGAAAAACAGGUAUCAAGAGUAGGCGUGUGUCACAACGGAUGAUAAAACUCCUCUCUGACGAGGAUCGGUUAGUGAGAGAGGCAGCCUGUAUUUCUCUUGGUCAUAUGCAGAUUGAGUCGGCUGUACCACACCUUGUUAAUGUCUGGAGAACAGAAAUUAUUUCUCAUGUGAGGAAAGCAGCAGAGGUAGCUCUUGGUCUCAUCAACUCAGAUCGUGCUAGGGAGGCAAUCAAGAUGACUGAGGUACUGAGUAGAGAAAUGAAGGAACUCUCCACUGAAUAAAGGCGACAUGCUUCUUGAAAAAAACAGGAAUAAAGGUCCAUGUGCUCCCAAAACUACAUCCAAAAGUGCAAGUAAACCAUCUGAGAUUAUGUAAGAACCUGCUGUGGUGUAUGUAAAGUGUACGUGUUUCUGUUCCUGAUGUAGAGAUAUUAGACGUGAUUGUUUAAAGAUGUACUUGGGUGAGAUUGAUUGAACCUGUGGAGUUAAUUGAUCUUUGCAUAAUAGCUCAAUUCAGCCAUCAGCCAUUCCUUCUUAAUUUAGGGUUAUGGAAGAUUGUUUCCAAAAGGGGAAGUAAAGUUGGAGAUUGCAUACAGAAUUGACCAAUUGCACAGAGCCAUCUGGGGAUUAUGUAGAUCAGCUGAUCAUGGACAACAUCCAUGUAGCUACUUGUGGAAAUCGCUGUCAACAAAGUCUAAGUACUACAGG